AUGUGGAAGCUGAACCUCUGCAUGGCCGAGAUCAACUACAUUGCUGAGGAGAUGAUCGCCACGUACCAGCUGAACGAAGAUCAGCAAAGUGUGUUACAAGCGUGUCUCACGUGGUUCGAACCCAUCGACCACGAAGUGACUAUGGACAAGUCGCUACCCAUUGCUCUGGUCCACGGCGUGUUCGGAGCGGGCAAGAGUUUUCUCCUGGUCGUGCUGCCCACGAGCCGACAGCUGACUCCACAACCUGCACAGAUCGUAUUCAUUUCGCGCGUCCUUGACGCCGCUGACAAUCGAGAUAUCCGCAUACUGGUAGCUUCGUCUACCAACACUGCAGUGGACCGUGUGCUGGAGGGCUUGCUGGAACUGGACUUCAAGGAUUUCAUGCGCGUCGGCAGUCUCCGUAAGAUCUCCAAGCGCGUGAUACACCAUGCGCCCCAGGCGGACGAAAAGUCAGCCAUCAAGGACUUGAAGCUCAUGCUCAAGGAAGAGGCGGGUGGCGUUGACGAGAUGAAGAUCAAGACCAUGCUCAAAGAAGCCGAGACGGGGCACAUGAAAAAGAAGGUGGAGAAGAUCUCGUCCACCCGAGUAAUAGGCGUCACGUGCGCGGCAUCUGGUUUCCCCAUCUUGGACGGCAGCACAUUUCCGCUGGUGAUCCUUGAUGAGUGUUCGCAGAUGCUCGAACCGCAUUCGAUGAUCCCCUUGGCUCGGUUCAACUGCCAGAAAUUGAUUGCAGUCGGCGAUCCGCUUCAGCUGCCGCCGGUGCUUGAGAGCUUUGCCAAUAAGGAAGACGGGUUGGCCAAGACUCUGUUCAUUCGUCUCUCCACCAUCGGAUUUCCACCGAUCAUGCUCCGCACACAGUAUCGGUGUCACCCUGCCAUCAGUGGAAUCGCCAACAGGCUCUUCUACGAGGGCAAGCUGUUGGACGGAGUCACUCCAGAGCAGCGAUCUCCGCUUCUGCCCACUCUACCCACUCUCUACUUUUGCAACUCGCUGCGUGGAACGGAAGAGCGCGCUGGCAAGAGCUAUCAUAAUCCCUACGAACUCGGGCUCAUCGUGGAGAUGGUGAAGUCGCUCAUCAACUGGGGGAUUAAACCGCAACAGAUCGGCAUCAUCGCUCUCUACAAGCCGCAGGCCUACAAGAUUGAGACGGCGCUGGCGGCCGUCAAAGCCACGGACAUCUCCGAAGAAUAUGUGGAGGAGCUGCUGAACCAGGCCGACGACAUUGAGAUACUCGAGGAGGACGAAGAACGGCGGCGACAAGUUCGCGGCAAGCAGUGGCAAGAGAAGCAACGAAACAAACUAGUGGCCAAAGAGAUCCAAGUGAGCACAGUCGAUGCUUUUCAAGGGUCUGAGAAGGAGGUGAUUAUAGUCACCUGCGUGCGCACAACGCGCCUGGGCUUCAUCGAUUCACCCAAACGGUUGAAUGUGACCCUCACCCGAGCCAAGAGGCAUUUGAUCAUCGUGGGUAAUGGCAAGGUGCUCGCGGGCAAUCAAACCUGGACGACCAUUUUGUCACAGAUCGAAGCCAAUGGCGUCGUGCAAGACGCAGAACAUUUCCUGCGCACUGGAGAGUUCAGUAGGACCGGACUGAGCGCGGGUGGCGCGGCGGGGAGAGGAGGAGCACGAGAAGAACCUGAAGAAGACUACGAACACGAGAUCAUGGGACGACACGAGGAGGAAGGUGACAACGUGGACGAGGAGGAACAUGACAUGAUGAUGGAGAUUCAGCGAGAGAUGGAAGAGGAGGAGCGUGAACAUCGACGAGUCCCAGCCCCAGCCGUGCCAGGCCACCUGGCUCGUGGGCCAGCGAGGCAACACCAAGACCACAGCAACGAGAGAGACGGAGGCGGCCAACCACCACCGCAGCCGUCAACGGAGGAGCGGGUGAGCGAGGAGGAGUGGGCAAUGCUGGCAAUGCUGGAGCAAAGCGAGGCCGCACCCAGCCGGUCUCUGGAGGAGGAAGACGAGGUACACCUUGGACAAACUACGGCAACGAGCAGUCGGAAGGAAGAUGGAGAGGACGUGACGAUGCCUGAAGAAGACAAGCGAGGCGAGUGUGAGGAAGGUCGAGAAAGGGCAACAAACGAGGCCAGUGAAGAGAAGGGCAACGAAGCCGCCGAUGGUUACGAUCCAGCGGCCUCCGAAUGGUCUCUCGGCGACCUCGACCUGUAA